AUGCAGAAUCAUGCGUCGAAUCAACGUCAGAAGCAUCAUCAACAGCAGCUUCCGUUUUCUUCUAUGAAGCCGCCGUUUCUGCCUCCCGGUGACUACCACCGGUUCGGUGUCGACCUACGACGUGCUGCUUCUGAUCAUGAAGUUGAGGGCAUUGUUGUUAAACCUCCUACAUUAAAGCGGAAGAGUGAUGCAGCAGAUCAUCAAGGUGAGUCAAGUGAGUGGAAUGCUGGUCAUGGGUACAUGGAAGUAGUGACCAGUCCCCUGCAGACACCUGUAUCAGGAAAAGGGGGAAAGGCACCCAAAACAUCGAGACUCUCAAAGAGCAGUAAGUCUGCAGCUCAGAGUGCUGCUGCAGCUCUUGGUUCUCCUGGAAAUAAUCUUACUCCAACUGGUCCAUGUCGCUAUGACAGCUCUCUAGGUCUCUUGACUAAGAAAUUCAUCAAUUUGAUCAAACAUGCUGAAGAUGGCAUCCUUGAUCUUAAUAAAGCUGCUGAUACUUUGGAGGUUCAAAAGAGGCGGAUAUAUGACAUAACAAAUGUUCUAGAAGGAAUUGGUCUUAUAGAAAAGAAGCUCAAGAAUAGAAUUCAGUGGAAGGGACUUGAUGUAUCAAGGCCAGGGGAGGCAGAUGAUAAUAAUGUUGCUACCUUGCAGGCUGAAGUUGAUAACCUGACCAUUGAGGAACGCAGAUUAGAUGAACAGACGAGAGAAAUGCAAGAAAGGUUGAGGGACCUGAGUGAAGAUGAAAAUAAUCAAAAGUGGCUUUUUGUCACUGAGGAAGACAUCAAGAGCUUACCUGGCUUCCAGAAUGAAACCUUGAUAGCAAUUAAAGCUCCACAUGGUACCACCCUAGAAGUUCCAGAUCCUGAUGAGGCAGUUGAAUAUCCCCAGAGGAGAUACAGGAUAGUCCUUAGGAGUACAAUGGGCCCAAUAGAUGUUUAUCUUGUCAGUCAAUUUGAAGAGAAAUUUGAGGAUAUUCAAGGUUCUGAGCCACCUCCAAGCUAUCCAUCAACCUCAGGUUUUAAUGAAAAUCCAGCUACUGCAAUGGUCACAGAGGAGAGCAGAGCAAAGGAGGUUGAAAUGCAAGAACAAGAUGGUCAUGGAAUGUGCUCAGAACUUAACACCUCACAUGACUUUGUGAGUGGGAUCAUGAAGAUUGUCCCCUCAGAUGUUGAUCAUGGACCAGCAAAAUUUCGUAGUUCCUUGACAGCGAAAACAUCAGCGGUUGAAUGGAAUGAUUUGGAUACACUUCAUAAUGACUAUGUCAUGCCAAAUAUCAGCACACCACAGCCCCAAACACCACCAUCUAAUCCAACUGAAGUGCCUCCUACUGCUAAUACCACUGCCGGGUGA